AUGGCCUCCACUCACAAGCUCAUUGUUCUUGCUCUGAUCAUGAUGGCUUUUGUGUCCAGCAACACUGCUGCACGUGCAAUGAGGUCGCACUCCUCGGCAACCCUGGCUGCACGGCUCAAGCUAGAUGGCGAGUCACCUCCAAACUGCUGGGAGUCGUUGUUUCAGCUGCAAGCAUGCACUGGUGAGGUCAUAACAUUCUUCCUCAACGGUGAGACGUAUUUGGGCCCGAGUUGCUGCCGGGCCAUAAGGGUGGUGGGCCAUGACUGCUGGCCUGGCAUGCUUGCUUCCCUUGGUUUUACAUCACAAGAGGGUAAUAUUCUGGAGGGUUAUUGUGAUGCUGUAGAAGAACCACGUUCCCCACCAUCACCACCUACUGCUGAAGUGCUUCCUUAA